AUGUCUAACUCGACCAACUCCUCAGCGGGGAGCAACGGUACUAUCACCCUCCCUCCGUCGCUAGAUCUGCCCUCGCAUCUCUCCGCUCAGAAGUACUUCUUCGUCUGCACUCUGACCGUUGCCGCCUGGGACGUCCUGGUGCUCACCCCGCGGACAUGGCGUCUCAUGAGGAGCAAAGGGUGGCCGCUUCUCAAACUGAUAUACUAUUUCUUGCGCAUUUACACACCGGCCGAGUUCACUAUUGUCGGAAUUGCUUUCUUUGAUACCACCUGGUCUCUCGAGCGGUGCUCAAAAUUCUACCUAUUCGAGCCGAUAUGCACUGCUAUCCUCCUCGCUAUUACAUCAUUCGUGCAUGUCUAUCGGGUCCACGCUAUCUACGAAAAAAAUCGAUCUAUUUUAUACGGUAUGGGCAGUCUGUACGCCCUUCAAAUCAUCGUGACUGCCAUUUGUUGUGGCUUCUACCGUUAUACGCCUUUGCUGCCGGGCCAAGGUUGUAUUGCAGAGCCUAAGCAAAAUUGGGUGGGCAUUUACUGGCUCUCUGUCUCGUUGCUGUACAGCGCUUCGCUGUUCCUUGCUAUACGCCGCUCGUAUCAAUCAUAUCAGUCUAAGGCUGUCAACUUGUGGAAGCUCAUGCUCCGCGAUGGACUGAAUCUGUACAUGGCUAUUUGGCUUGUGAAUAUGGUGAACAUGUUCUUCUGGUUCAUUAUUACUCCGACCGGUCCCGAUGAUCCCAUUCGGACAAUUGUGACUAGCAUGGCUGCUGUCCUGACGUCUUCCAUGACUAUGCGUAUUAUCCUCAAUGUGCGGGGUGGUCUGGCUAACGGUGGUCGCUACAAUGCCGUAUCCAAGACUUCCAAUGUGCGCUCUGCAGGCACUAUCAGGUCUCAACGCGCACAGGGCACCGGUACGAACCCUGUCUUGUCGAUACAGCAGGUUCAACAAGGCGCGACAUACACCGUCCCGCUCGGCACGGAAAGUAAAUCGAACGACUGGCAGGGCGAAGACGGUAAGAGCAGCGUCGUCGGCGCAGAGAAGGGCGAUAUUUACACAAUUGAGCCUGUCGUUCCCGAUGGAGAUAACGGAGUGAAGAUCACGAUUGAUACUGAAACCCACAUGGUCGAUUCUUUCCCUCAAGAGAAGUGA